GCGGCGCGCGGGCGUUUUCUUCCCUCGCGGCCGCGGCGAGAGCCCAGCUCCAAGAUGGCGGCCCCGAGCGCGCGGGCGCCGCGUCGGCCGGCGGCCUCGGGCUGAGCGCACGGCCCCGCCCGCCCGACUCGGACCCCGGCCCGCGGGGUCAUGCUGUUGGCCGCUCGGGCUCUGCCGGCCACCGCGUCCCCCGCCGAGCCCCGCGCCCCGGAAGCGCCCGCGCCGCCCGCCGCCGCCGCGAUCUCGGAGCCGCCCGGCGCCGCCCCAGGGUCUCGCGAGAGCCGCCGCCGGCCGAUCCCCCAAAAUGGCCAAAAGAAUUGCUGAGAAAGAAUUGACAGAUCGGAAUUGGGAUCAAGAAGAUGAAGCAGAAGAGGUGGGGACCUUCUCGGUGGCCAGCGAGGAAGUCUUGAAGAAUAGAGCCAUAAAGAAAGCGAAGCGGAGGAACACUGGGCUUGAGCCUGACAGUGGCGGUGCCUUCAAAGGCUUCAAAGGCCUGGUGGCCCCCUCUGGAGGGGGCUUCUCCGGCUUCGGCGCUGCCAUGAAGCCCUUGGAAGGACUCGCGAAUGGGACCAGCGCCACCAGCUCCCUGCCCCUCUGCAGCACCCCCAAGGCCGCCCCAGCGCCCGCAGGACCUGCUGCUGCCAACGGCCCCGCCUCGCGGCUGGACGGGAAGAGCCCUGGUCCCAGGACCAACGGGGGCGGCCCCGGGAGCCCCUACCACAAGCAGCUGGCCGCCCUGAACCGCUGCGUGCGCGACUGGAUCGUGAAGCACGUGGACUCGAACCCGCUGUGCGACCUGACGCCCAUCUUCAGGGACUACGGGGAGCACCUGGCCAGCAUCGAGCGGCGCCACGGCAGCGGGGCCGGGAGCCGGGCCGGGGACGAGGCGGCCAAGGAGUCGGGGGGCUCAGAGGCGCCCCCGGGCCCCGGCACCCCCAAGCCGCAGCCCGCGGCCACCUUCUCGUUCCCCGGCAGCGCCGCGGAGGACACCGCCGAGAAGGCGGAGGCGCCGCCCGAGAAGAAGGGGGAGCCCGCGGCCCCCGCCGCCACCUUCCAGUUCGGCCAGAAGCUCGACAGCUCCGUGCUGGGCUCGCUGAGCUCCUCCCCCCUGGCCGGAUUCUCCUUUUCUUCCGGAAACUCCGGCUUGUUCGGCAAAGACGCGCCCCCAAGUAAAGCGGCGGCGGAGUCUCUGUUGCCCUCGAAGGCGUCGUCGGAGGGCCCCACGGAGGGCAGCGACAGCAAAGACAGCAAAGGCACAGAGGAUGAGGACAGCGACGAGCCGCCCAAGGUCACCGUGACGGAAGUCAAGGAAGAAGACGCCUUUUACUCCAAGAAGUGCAAACUAUUUUACAAGAAAGACAACGAGUUUAAGGAGAAGGGCGUGGGCACCCUGCAUCUAAAACCCACGGCCAGCCAGAAGACGCAGCUGCUGGUGCGGGCAGACACCAACCUCGGCAACAUCCUGCUGAACGUCCUCAUCCCGCCCAACAUGCCCUGCACGCGCACGGGCCGGAACAACGUGCUGAUCGUGUGCGUGCCCAACCCGCCCCUGGACGAGAAGAACCCCAGCGCCCCCGCCACCCUGCUCGUCCGCGUGAAGACCAGCGAGGACGCCGACGAGCUGCACGCCAUCCUGCUGGACAAGCGCGGCUCCUAGGCUGGCCGGCCGCCUGCCCGCCCGCCCUGCUCGAGGACAUUGGGGUCACUUAAGACUUUUGGGAGGAAGAUUGAUCUGGCCAAUAAAACCUUUCCUGUGAAGUGUCAAGGAACUGUGCUCUGCCUUCUUGAGAACUCUCGACCGCGUACGGCGCGACGGAGCCGAAUUUGGAGGAAGACUUCCGAUGCCCGUCGAUCAAACUGACCGCAAGUGAUCUCUUAAUGGACCGAAUCAGGGUAUAUAAUUAGGGUCCCCCAGGGCUUCCCGCCCCCGGGGCUGUGGGGCCUGCUGCCUUCUGGGACUCGGACCACGCCGGACCGGAAAGAAUGUGCUGGAAUAUACCGGAACGUGCCCGGGCCCCUCGCCGCCUUCACGCCGACUCUUCCUUCGCUUUCCUCAUUGUUUUCAAAGCUGAGCCGUGCGUGGUGGCGGCUGGUCUUGCCGUGAGAGACUGGCCGCCUCCUCCUGCGGCCAGCCGGCU